UUGACGGUUGGGGCCGCACUGCCUGUGCUUCGCGAGCCCGAAAAAAUUAGAAAAGGAAGUGAUAAACUUUUUUCAUAUUUAUCAUUUUUUUUCGUACUUCCGAACACAGAGCGCUCUUACUCUACUGCGAUAAGAGAUUUUUGCCGCUGUUUCUUCCGCCAAAAAAUUUCUUUCCUCACUUGGGUAUGUGUGUUUAUAUCAAAACGAGAGAUGACGAUAUUUCCGAAGGGAAAUACUGUAAAAAACGGUUUGUUCUUUCGUUAGAAUUCACAUGGGCGUGCGGGAUUCCCUCUUCCUACUACUGUUUUUAGGAAAUUCACAUGGAUAUGUGUGUUGUGUACCAGUAGAGUAAUAAAGGAUGUUGUACCUGUGAUGGUGAAUGAUUUGAACCUGCUUGUAUUCUGUGAACUUGUGGAUUUUCAUUGAAUGAGACUUUUGAUUUUUUUGUUUUUGAAGCUUUUGGAAGGGUGAUCUCGAACUGUCCUGCUGGAUUCCAAAAGGGCCAUGACAAAGAAGGAGUGCAGGAUGUCGGCGCCAGAAUGGGUAGAGAUUGUCGAACCCAUCACAAAAGUGACGAUGUACGCCAAUCUCACCACGGGGGAGUGCGUCCGAGAAGUGCCUCCUGGGAAAGUGAAAAAGAUGGACGAGAAUCAAUGGUGGGAGCUUUUUGAUCGCGAGAAUUCGAGAUUCUAUUACUACAAUGCGACCAGCCAAAGAACGGAGUGGCACAAGCCGCAGAAUUGUGACAUCAUUCCUCUCGCUAAGCUUUGGACUUUGAAGCAGAAUACAGAAGUGCGUGAUAAUGAUGACUCUCGUCAUGUUAAGAAAGAAUCGGUAUCGACUCAAACAACAACCAGGGGAAUCGGUGCGGAUGGAUACAUUCGCCUGUCUAAGCCUCCCACUUGUACAGUGUCUACGCAGACUAGUCCACUGGCUUCGCCUAGAGAUGGCUGUCGACACCACAGGCAUCACCACCACAGGCAUGCAUCCAGUCCUUCAGGUGCUGUGUACUCUUCACGCAGUCCAUCCUACAGUGAAGACAUCAUCCUGGCUGACGUGAGGCGGGACGGGCAGUACGCAAAUUCAUAUUCGAGUCGUUCCAAUGAAUAUGGGAGGUUGCAGCCCUCACCAAUGAAUCCUUCUCAUACUGGGCAUAGGAAACAUGAUUCAUGUUGCUCGUCCGACAGCAUGAGCUCAAGCUUCUCUCAGAAAGCACAAGACCAUAGCCCAGAACAGAAUGGAAUACCAUUUGACCAGCGCUCAGCACCAAAACCUAUUGAUUCUAGCCGGAGGCACCGGUCUUUGGACCAUGAGCACGGCACAACAAGCACCUCUUGGAAGCACCACAGUGUUGAUGACCAAGGGAAUAUCGCGUCGCGAAACCUGACAUCAAGAAGCAACGAACCUCCCAAACCACCGCCUCACCGGAAACAUCGCAGUGAAGAUUUAUCGCCAAAGACAAGUUUCUUCACUCCAUACCCGCAGAUGGAAAGCUGUCUUUCCAGCACGCCUGCUAAUAUACGUCGCCAAUGGUCAAGAAGCACCUCUGACUCUAGCACCUCUAGUCCUCAAAGCCCCCCAAUUGUGCCAAAUCGGGAAGUACAGGUUAUUCGAGGGGAGGAUGGAAGUCUUUUUGCAUUUAGUGAUGUACCACAUGGUUCAAGUGACAGCUCUCCACAGUCACUGGAUUCAGCCAAGGGACUUGAUAGCAGCUUCAUUUCUCAGAGUAGUCUGAUGUCACUGGACAGUAGCCAACAAAAGAGUGUGUCAGAAUCCGCAACAUCGCCCAAUCUGAGGCAGAUACAAAUGGGUUCGAAGGUUCCCUCAUAUGAAAAGGAAUCUGUAAGGACUAAGUUGCAUCAUGGCCAAGAUAGCCGAGAAAUGACCAGUUCGUUUUAUCAGAGUGGUGCUGCAGCUCAUGAACCGAAGAGUAAUGUUGUAAAUAAUUCCUUUAGGCAAAAUGAACAGCCAACCCCCUUGUAUAGUAAUUAUCCAUCCCUUUGGGAUUCCCAAGCAGAUAGUCAGACUUAUCUUCUACCUUUGCAGCAUUAUCUGCUGGAGCAGGCCAAGUUGUCAGGUUAUCAGUUUGGAGAUUUUAUUGGUGAUGAUUUAGAUUCUCUUUCUCAAAGUGAUGAUGAUUCUGAUGGGCACAGGGAGGAAGAUGAUGACUUUGCUGAUGAUGAAGCAAUGAGUCAUCAAGAUUCUUCCUCUCAGGAGUACUUAGAUGAUACCCGGUACUUAGACGAUGAUGAUGAAGAUGAAGUAUAUUGUGAACCUCCUCCUAAUUUCCAAGAAGCUGAUCCUAGUCAUAUGUCUAGCACUCGUCAUUCUUCAUUGAGACGUAAAAAUACCAACCUAAUUCCUAGUCAUUCUCCCUCAAUAGAAAAAUCACAGUCUUUUCAGACUGAUAUCAUCCAUGGUCAGAUUCCUCGACCCCUCUCUAUGUUGGCAACAACAGAUGGUUCUGGAGGCUUAGAUGCCAUGGCAGCUAUGCAGAGACAGGCUGCACUGGCAAGUAAUAAUGGUGGAAAAGACAAGAAACAGCCUUCAGAAAGUGAUAUUGAGAAGUAUGCUCAAGACAAUUUGAAUAGGCAUAAAAAAGGAAUUUUCAGGAAGAAAUUCACAAUACAAGAUAUGCUGUCAUGGUCUAAGGAUCCCAUUCGCAAGCCAAUGAUCAUGACUACAGAUAAGUCUCUUAAACGGGAUGCUUGCGAACUAUUCAAAUUGAUACAAACUUAUAUGAGGGACAGGAAAACCAAAAGCGGUCAGUCGCUGGAAUCUGUAGUUUUGGAAAUUUGUACAAAAGGUUGGAGUAGACAGUCAGUGAGAGACGAGCUUUUCGUGCAAAUCUGUCGACAGACAACUGAAAAUCCUAGGAAAGAAAGUCUAGUACUUGGCUGGGAGUUAAUGGCCAUAUGCUUGACCUUCUUUCCACCAUCUGUCAAAUUUCAACCUUACCUUGAAGGCUUCAUUAACAGACACAAAGAUACAUCUUUCGAUGAGCCAGAUUUUAAAUUAAGUCAUUAUGCGGCUGUAUGUAGCAAACGCUUGGAGAGGAUAUCAAAAAGUGGAGCAAAACGAGGUCUCAGAAAACCUACUCUUGAAGAGAUUGAGCAAUCUAGAAUACAGAUAUUUAGACCUAGUAUGUUUGGUAAUCUACUGGAAGAAGUUAUGGCUUUGCAAGCUCAUAAAUAUCCUAACCGCCAACUGCCCUGGAUACAAACAACCUUAUCUGAAGCUGUGCUUCAGUUGAAUGGAACUCAAACAGAAGGAAUUUUUAGAGUUCCUGGAGAUAUUGAUGAAGUGAAUGCCAUGAAGCUCCAGAUUGACCAGUGGGAAGUCCCUGAAUGCAAUGACCCCCAUGUACCUGCUUCUCUGCUGAAAUUGUGGUACAGGGAGCUGUAUGAACCUUUAAUUCCCAGUGAAUUCUAUGAGGAAUGCAUACAGAAUUGCUUGGACCCUGAAGGUGCUGUUGCUAUUGUAGACAAACUUCCUGAAAUCAACAGACUGGUGCUAUGCUAUCUGAUUCGAUUUUUACAGGUCUUUGCUGCCGAGCAAAAUGCUACAGUAACCAAGAUGGAUGCGAGCAACCUUGCAAUGGUGAUGGCGCCAAAUUGUCUGCGAUGCAUGUCCGAUGACCCUAGGGUUAUCUUCGAAAAUACAAGGAAAGAAAUGGCCUAUGUUAAAAUGCUCAUCGAAAAUUUAGAUACUACUUGCAUGAAAGGAGUCUUGUGAAAAAAAUUCUGACUGUUAUAAAGCUAAUCAAAAUUAUCUUAAAUUAGGUAAACUUGUAUUAAGAUAAAGAGAUUGCAAUGUUAAUUUUUUUCAGUCGUACUACCCCCCAAAUAUUUUUACAGAACAGUCUGAUCGAUUUUUAAUAAUUAGAAAUAUGGUGGAGUUAAAGAUUUUUCUAUUUAUUCAACUUUUACUUACCUUUGUUCUUAGGUGUAUUAUCGGUUUGAAAUGACAAGGUUUUAAAUAUAUUUCUUUACUUUGCUUUAUCUGGAAAUCACCUAUAAGAAUGGAAAAUCAUAUUAAAAUUUAUUAUUAUUAUUAUUUAACUACUUGAAAAUUUUUUUGACUUAUGAAAUUCAUACAUUUACGUAUCUAUAAAGUUGUUUUGUGCAGAGGAUUUGUUAAAUUGAAACAAAAUCUUGACAAUUUGUUCAUUUUUGAUACAAAGAAAAUUUUGCUGAAGUUAAACUCUGAGGCCAAGACUUUU